GUUUGAAUAAGAAGCGGUCGCGGUUCCGGCGGAUUAACGCAGCACAAGAAUGAAGGAGACAAGACAGGAAAUGUACAACGACAACAAUCAUGGAUACGGGUUUACAACUGCUAUUUUGUCAGGCGGAGUCACAGUGAGAUCAGUCGGUCGUUGUUCAGGUGUUGUAAAGCCGCUGCUUUAGUUUCGUUUAUACACUUAACGUCAGCACAGCUCAGUAACGUAGGUCUCCUCCGAGUUGUUGACACGUUAAACCCAAGUCGAACACAAUAGCGCGGUAAUAACUGUACAUUGCAAACAUGAAGCCCGCGAAGUCGUUAUUCCUGAAGACGUACGGCAAACAGAGGCGAAAACUGCCCGCCUGGAUUUCACCGGAAAACCGCAAGCAGGCCUUCGACAGCACCGCCUCAACUGACGGUGACGUCUCCGUCUUUGAAGCCGCAAAACCUACGAAGACGAGGUUCGUUGAAGUCGACGGGUGGGAGAGGCGGACUAGUGUUGCCAGUCGAAGAGCAGCUCGCCCUGCCAAGAAAAAGGCCAUGCUCUGUCUGACAGAGGAUACCCGUGAUGAAGAAAGUGUUGACAAUGAGGAGAACAUCGUCCCCUCUCCCCCUCAGGCAUCUCAGCGGAUUAAGACGACAAGAGGGAAGAAGACUAGUGCUUGCGGUGGUAGAGCAGUGCGUCCUGCCAAGAGAAAAGCGGUGUCAUGUCAGACAGAGAACAGCAGUGAUGAGGAGAACAUCAGAUGGCCCUCUCCUCCUCGGCAGAGCAAGACGACCAGCAAGAAAAGCCAGCUCGCGUCUGUUCCAGGAGUUUUGACCACGCAAAACGGGCAGAAGGUUCCAGUGACCAGCCAGAGUGAGGAUGACUCUACGUCUGCUCCUAAAUGUGACAAAAAAUCAGUCAAAACGAAGAGAGACUCUAAUGUUCAUCCUCGUUCAGUGGGCCGCUUUGUAACCCGCCGCAGACGCGGGGCUGCUGCCAAACCAAAACUCCCGAAACCAAUAGUCAGUAUGCUCAACUCCUCAGAUGACUUUACAUUUGGAGCCCUUUGCUCCAAAAGUACUCGCCUACCUACCAGGAGACGGGUGAAGGUUCCUCCAGGGUUUCUGGUGUCGAGUGUGGAGAACUCUGUGAAUGCUACAGGGACUUUCAGCUUCGCCACCCUCCGAGAGAUAUCCCUCAAUGAGUUGGCAGAUCAAAGCCUCGGACCCCUCCCCAGGAACCCCAUAUUUUGCUCUACUCCCUCUGCCGAAUCAUUCGGCAAACGUCCACACCUUAAAUCCUUUCCCAUCGAUGAUAAGUCCUCUAGCCCUCCAUCCUUGACAGUAAGCUGUACAGGUGUCCUGAGCCCAUUUCAAGAAGAUCGGGAUUCACCAGGGCAGCUUGUCUCCCCACCAUAUUCUGCACCAUCCACUGCGCUUCACUCUGAGGGAAAGCUGCAGUCGAGCCUUGGUGAGCGAGAACCACACCUGCAUCCCCGUGAAGAGCCGUCUGGAGAUUUUUUCAUGAAGCACGAGAGCACGGACAAGAGAAUCAGCUGUAGUGAGGAAGCCAAAAGCUACCGUGAAGACUCAAAGACCAAGAAUGUUGGGGAAUUACCAAGUUUAAUUGAACUCUCUUCAGGCGGUGAAAGUGGCUGCGAAUUUGUGUCUGCAACAGGGAGUUUGGAGUGGCUGAUAGAGGCUCUGAAGGAGACAUGUUUGACCAACCUCUGCACAGUGCAACUGGAGAGAUUAGACAUCCUCACUGUGACUCAGCUUUGCAGUCAAACAACCUACUCAUCCUGUUUGGGACUUUCAGGCUCCGUUCACAGCCAGCAUACAGAUGAACAUCCACCGUCUGUGGACAGCGGUCGAACUGCAUCAUUCAAUCUUCUUUUGUCUGAGACAAUCGAUGAAAGCGGUGAUUAUUUACAGUCAGAAAAUAGUUUGGAGUCUCCCGGACAGGCAGAUUCAGUGAAUGACGGUUCGCCAUCGGUUGCCUGUGAGCAGUCAGCCGAAUACUCCUCAGCAUCAGUACUAUAUGAUGAAUCUAGCCACCACACACUGAGCAGUGUUGAUUUUAUUAUGGGCACACAAUUACCAGCACGCAGCCCCGUGCAAUCACUGUUUACUGAAGAGGAGGUCGUAGCAGAAAGGAACAAAUGUCUUGCCAAGAAAUGCACCAUUCAGCUCAAAAAACUGACCUCGUCACAACUCAAAGGUUGCACACAGGCAAAUUUCUCUUGUAACCGUAGGUCUUCUUAUCCAGAUGCUAUUAGGUCUGACAGUGACCACACAUGUAACAUCGACGACCCAGAAGAUCUCACACGUUCAGGAGGAACCACAGGGGGAAUGUUGGCGUCUGUUAGACUGUCGAUAAACAGCAGCAGUCCAGUCGCCCAGACACAGUCCAGUGAAUCCGAAGUAGAAGAAAAGGUAGCUGUGCUCACAACAAUGCUGAAGGAGAAAUGUCUAUCUGACAAAAUCACCGUUGAGAUAAAGAGAGUAUCUAUAUCACCGUUAAAAGAAGACAAAAAGCGGAACUCGUCCACUGUUUUGUCCGACUCGGCCAGUGAUGAACAGAUAAAGACUGACAUUUUGCCCAAAAGAAAAAAGAUGUCUCUGGUUCCCAGAGAAAAGAAAAGGAGGAGCAUGUCUACCGACCGACCUGGGACGACAAGGAAGGUGUGCGUGAGUGGCCUGAGUGUGAGUCGCUGGAAAAAUAAAAGCGCCGCCAGCACACGCACGUGGGCAGGUGAUGUCAAGUCCGUGGACUGUAGCAUCAAUGAGCUGAUCUCCACAAAACACAAACAGCCACGGGAGCUCGGAACAAUAAUGAACUUCUCCACGCCGGUGAAAGCGAACCUGCACGACUUCUCUUCCCUGUUGGCUGACCUCACACCAAGCACGCACACGUGGAGCCGACUCAAAGCCGCCCUCUCUGUUCAUCGCAAAGGCAUGAUGCUGCUCACUCCGAGGAGCUUACAUCCAUCAGGCUCUCCUGGGCGGGCAGCUCUGGCGGACCUCAGCCAGGAUCUGUUUGCCACACCCCUGCGGACGCUGCUCCCCAAACACCUCCGGUCACAGCUGUACCACGAGUCUCCGACUGCGUGUGAGGAGGCAGAUCUGUCAGAUGCAGAGAAGGUGUAUGCCGAGUGUGGUCAGAAGCUCCCUCUGCCCUGGGAGGAGUGCAUUCUCCCUCACCGCAUGAAACAGUGUGUUAAGAUCGGGGAGGGGACCUUCGGUGAGGUCUUCUCCACCACUAAUGCCUCGGGAGACACCGUUGCUCUCAAAAUAAUUCCAGUAGAGGGCAGCGAGAAGGUGAACGGAGAGGACCAGAAGACCUUUGGAGAGAUUCUCCAUGAGAUUAUUAUCUCAAAGGAGCUGAGCCGGCUGAAAGAGAAGAAGCAAAACCAGACUCACAGCUUUAUUGGACUCAAUGAUCUCCACUGUGUUCGAGGCUGCUACCCUCCGGAUUUCCUCAAAGCUUGGGACACAUUUGACCAGCAGAAAGGCUCUGAGAAUGACAUCCCAGAUUUCUUUGAACAGGAUCAGUUAUUCUUGAUCCUGGAGUUUGAGUUUGGAGGCGCCGAUCUAGAGAACAGCAAUGGAACGCUUGCGUCUUUGGGGGUGGCGAAGAGCAUCCUACAUCAGGUCACUGCUGCCCUGGCUGUUGCUGAGCAGGAGCUACACUUUGAGCACAGGGACCUCCACUGGGGCAACGUGCUGGUCAAAACAACCAAGCAGAAGACGGGGAGCUUCCUCCUUAACGGAACAGUCCACUCUCUGGAAACCAAAGGGGUGCUGGUCCGCAUCAUUGACUACUCUCUCUCCCGACUAGAAAUUGAUGAUCUGACGGUGUCAUGUGACAUCUCGAACGACGAGGAGCUUUUCAUGGGCCAGGGAGAUUAUCAGUUUGAUAUCUACAGACUGAUGAGACAGGAGAACGGAAACGACUGGGGCAACUUCCACCCCCAUACCAACGUACUGUGGCUCCACUACCUGUGUUCCAAGCUACUAUCCAUGAAGUACCGGGGCUCGGGAGGGAGAGGGGCCAAGGACACGCGAGUGGAGCUCACUCGUUUCUAUGACAACGUCCUCGAGUACAGCUCCGCCACUGAGGCUCUACAACGCUGCCCCAUGUUUCAGUAGUGAACACGUGAAGUGUGAGGAUGCUCACUGAUGUGUGUGUGUGUGUGUGUGUGUGUGUGUGUGUGUGUGUGUGUGUGUGUGUGUGUGUGUGUGUGUGUGUGUGUGUGUGUGUGUGUGUGUGUGUGUGUGUGUGUGUGUGUGUGUGUGUGUGUGUGUGUGUGUGUGUGUGUGUGUGUGUGUGUGUGUGUGUGUGUGUGUGUGUGUGUGUCAUCUCAAGGCCAACGGCUUCCUGUAGUCAGCAGUUGGCCGCUUGCCCUUCACGACCUCUGAUAUGUAAAGACAGUUAUCGAUUCCCUUGUAACACGAUGAUAAGAGAAGGAGGUCACUUCAUGUACAGUGUAACUAUCCUUUGACAAAGGUUAUUAAAAUGACCAUGUAAAAAUUAUGUAUUCAUGUGUUGUUAAUGGCGCUUAUUUAUGUCUGUUCUUGCACAGGCGGCAUAUUUUCAUACAUUUUCUACACCCUAAGUAUAAAUGGUGGAAAUAUUCUUAAUAAAUUUCGGUUUUUAAAGUUUUUAACACCAA